AUGGGGAAAAUGGUAGCUUUCUACGACCGAAAAGGCGGGCCAACCGUUGUCGAGUCGGAAAAGAAAAUUGAAACCCCAGACCCGGAAGCGUCAUGCCCUAUCUGCACCGACCUAGUCGGCACAGAAAACCCAGAAGGCACGACAGAAACAUGGAGUGAGCUACCUUGUGGACACCGGUUCGGAAGUCAUUGCAUCAAGCACUAUCUUGGCAUCGUGGCAGACAACCGUCCAACAUGCCCGAUUUGCCGCCAGAAAGCCUACCACUCCUGCGGACACCCGGUGCUCCCUAUGCCAUGCGUUGGUACGGUCUCAAAGCUGAGGAAGGCGACUACAAAACAAAAAACUGCACUCGGCGAUCUGGGUUGGAAGAGUUGUGGGUAUUGCGAUCAGGCGAGGGUCCAGGCAGGGUACAUGGUGAAGAGGAGCCGUCUAUGGAGGCCUUUUCGAUAUAUUGCCGACGCACUGAACCCUCGCCGGAGAAGAGAGAAUCGUCGGCAGGCACCACAGUAUCCCCCUUAUGUGCCGGGACUAUGGGGCCAGCCGGACCUGGCCAGAGCGAGGGAUUCGGGAUGGGAGAGGUGGUGGAAAGCACAAGCUCCACAGGAGGUAUAA